AUGAUCGCGGUGUUGGUGCUACUUCUAUCCAGUGCGUUCUGUACGGGCUACAGUAGAUUUUUCCGGGAAAAUGCGCCAGUGUGGAAAACCAACACGAUUUCGCCUCAGUGUCAGAACAGUUUGGAUUUAUUCGUGAUGAAUUUGAAUGCCACUAACGAAGACAAUACGUGGGCCCUUCGAAUGCUAGACGCUAGCUCGAAAAUACCAGUAGGGCUCUUGUACUACAAUUUCGGAGAAUUGGGAAAUUUCAAGGAAUGCGUCGAAAUAGAAUCAGCGACAGAUCACGUCGCAGGAAAAUACUGUUUGGGAAACAUCGAGGUUAAUUCCACGGCAAUCGACGAUCAAUCGGUGUUCAUCAAAAAUCACAUGUUCAUGAAAAUUUUAUUAACGAAAUUAGCCGGCGGGGUUAAAACGAAAGGCAACCCCACGCUAGCUAUUUGCAUUCCGGAUAACUGCACCGAAGGGGAUGCCAAACAAUUAAUGAGCAACCCGCAAUUAGGUAUCGACGUGCAAUCAGUAAUGUGCCAAACCGCAGGAAACGUUUAUCCUGAAUUAACAACUGAAGCUGUCGCAGGACUAUCGGUUUUAAGCGUGAUAAUAGUCGUUGUUAUGAUAUCUACUAUUUUUGAUUUGUUUUACACAAAAAAAUCUGCAACGGUACAUCAUCAGCUUCUAUUAGCUUUUUCUCUAUACACAAACGGCAAAAAGGUAUUUGAAACGUCGCGACGCCCUUCGAACUUGAGCUGCCUGGAUGGGAUAAAAGUAAUUAGUAUGUUUUGGAUCAUUAUACUGCACACAUACUCGGUUUACAGCUCUGGUCCCGUUUCAAACGCCAUUGACAUAGUCAAUUUUACGGAUUCUUUAAUAAGUAUGGUUUUUAUUAACGGGGACUUGGCUUGCGAUACGUUCCUUUUAGUAGGAGGGUUACUGGUUACUUAUGUGUUUUUUAAACGGAAAAACGAUGUAGAUAUGUCUGUAGCUUCUAUAUUCAAGCAUUACAUUCAUAGAUACAUUAGAUUGACUCCGGCUUUGGCUGGUGUGGUACUUGUGUCAGCCACUUUACUGAGAUAUUUAGGUUCGGGUCCGAAAUGGCCUUACAUAGUGAACAGUUUCGAAGGAUUUUGUAAAACCUACUGGUGGUCUGCUAUAUUGUACAUCCAAAACGAGCUCAAUGUUGAUAAAAUGUGUGUAGGUCAUUCUUGGUAUCUCAACAUCGACAUGCAGUUGUACAUUUUCUCGCCUUUGAUAUUUUGGUUGUUGAGAAACAGGGUCCGGACAGGAAUUGUUAUUUUAAUUUUCACGAUAUUACUGUCGAUGGCUGUAUCGUUCAUCAGAGCGUUCGAUAACGAAUUGUCGGGAGUUAAAUCAACGUACUAUCAGAAAUCUUCUUCUGAUGCAUAUAUGAAUACGUAUUAUUUAAAAACUGAAACUAGAGCAGCUCCAUGGUUAAUAGGGGUUAUAUUAGGUUACUUUUUAACUAAAAAAGAACUAAUGGAGGCUAAAUUAUCGAAGAAAAUCGUUAUAGCAAUGUGGCUAUUAAGCGCAACUGUAUUGUUAACCUGUGUUUUGGGAGGACACAGUACUUUGAGACGUCCCGAAUAUUUCAAAUUACAAAAUUCUUUUUACAUAACUCUAGUCAGGCCUGCCUUUGUUUUGGCAGUCGCUUGGAUAAUUUGGGCAUGUGCCACAAAUCGCGGAGGUCUGGUCAACGCCUUACUGUCGCUGCCCAUUUUUCAAUUCCUGAAUAAAUUUAUAUACAGCAUGUACUUGGUGCACGUCACUGCGCUGUAUAUGAUUGUUUUCGCUUACAAAACGCCGAUUUAUUUUAACGUAUUCAAUUUGGCGUAUUGGUUUUGGGGUAUUUUUAUGUGCUCCUUCGGCCUGUCGAUCAUCUGGGUUCUGAUAUUCGAAAGCCCCAUGAUAGCAAUAGAAAAAAUCUUACUCGGUUGA